AUGGCUCCUACACGAGCUCGUCAAAGCAUCGAUGAAGGCGACUCCAGCGGAUCCGACGAAGACCCCCAAUCACAAGAGAGACUCGCGUUAGAGAGGGCGACCACUCUUCAAGCAUCACUAAACAAGAAACGUGACACCAAGCGUAAAUCGAUUGAAGCCGAACAUGCAAAGAGCGUCAAGGAAAUCAGAGCAAAGAUUGAAAAUGCCGCAAAGAUCCGGAAGACGAAAGUUGCAAAACUACACUCCUCCCACAUGGAACGUCUCCUCGCUCUAGAUGACCGCCGCCAAAAGAUUGAGGGUCUCAUUAUCGCCAGCAUGAAGCGUCUUCACUCGGCUACCAACAACAUUCAAUCGGAAUUGCUAGCCAUGUAUGAGGGACGCACAGCAGAAAUUGAAGAGCUAGUCGACAUUUCAAUUGAGGGACCGUUCGAAGAUUCUGAGACAACGUUGGUGGAGAAGGUCUGA